GCAUCCUUAUCGGUCCUCAUCCGCAUGCGUAAUUACGACGAUAAAUUGCCAGCUUCCUGACACGUGACCACGUCAUGUGACUUCAGUCAAUAAAAAUGAAAGCACUACUCAGCAGGUGUGAAGCUGUAGCUCUUGUUUUUAUCCUUAAGUUGUAUUUUAACGCGAGUUAUCAGCUGACUGGACUGGAGGUAUGUUCACGCUGUGGUGGUACUGUCCAAAACAACACCUACGUGGGUAAUUUCUGCUCUUCAUCCGCUGGACGGCUUGACAAGAGGUGCUGUUUAGCAAAUGAUAACUCGAGCGACCCUGAACGCAUCACCGGGUUGGAUUUAUCAAAUUGUUCACUGACUCAAGUGGAAAACCUUUCAGGAGCAUCCACAGUGGUGGUGAUAGAUCUCUCACUGAACCCCAUUACCAACAUCAGUGAUGAGGUCUUCCAAGGAUUUCUUGACCUAAACUUCUUGAUUUUACCAGAGGACAUAGCUUGUCCAGGUGGGAAUGCUUCAUGGCAACAGAUGGAAGUCAAACAAGGGGACCAGCUUUGUAAGGACCAGAAAAACGUGUGCAACCAGACAGGACAGAUGUCUAUGAAUUGUCCAGAAAACUCCCUUUGCGGCCCCUUCGGUCCUGGCUCCUUUGAGUGUCGCUGUGCUGAAAAUUACCAUGGAUACAAGUGUCUUCGGCAGGCAGAAUUCCCAGUUCUGAAGGUUUUCGGCCCUCUUGCAGCAUCCACAGUUGUCAUCUCCUUCCUGUUGUGGAUUACCCAGAGACGCAAAGCCAAAUCACUCUGAGCGUGAGCUGCUUUUUAAUCUGAGGAGAAACUGACUCCUGAAAGGGAUAAUAAUGCUGACAAAGCCCAGUGUGGCACCACACUCUGGUGUGAAUAUUUUACAAAUGUUACUGUAUUUUAUUUUGGGAAGAGAAAAAAAAUGACAUUUUUAUUAUAAUUAAUGUGAUAUAAUUUUUAGAAAAAAACACACAUUUUAAAUAUGACCUAAUUUUUUGACGAUUACCACUGGUGUUGCUUUUUUUAUUUUUAAGUAGACUUGCAGAGUACUUAAGACUCUGCAUUUUUUUUUAAGUCAUCUACUUAAAAAAUACAGAUAACGGUGAACACUGAAUUCUGUCAAACGAGUGCUAAAUGUGUGUGAGUUUACACCAGAAAUAAUGUUUUGCAUGUUUAGAAAAAAAGUUGUGCAACAGCUCAUUGCAUGCUGACUGUGUGGUUUACUAUUUUUUGGGGAGGUUAGCAGUUAAGCCAAGAAGGGGCUGGUAGAGGGCAGCGGGUUAGCUGUCUUAAAUUUAAACCAAAACUGCAAGUUUAGUUGCACUUUAAUGAUGAUUUUAACCUCUUCAAUUCAAAAGUGUUGGUGUUUAAAUGUACUCAGGAUGAAAAAUUUGAAGUUGUAGUAAAUAUUUCCCUUUGUGUCCUGCCUUGGCAGCUUGGACCAACCGGUUGGUGGGUCUGGCUGCCCAGCAGUGUCAUAGCAGAUUUGUUCUACAAACUUUGGAGAUUUAAUAUUCCUGCUGUUGUAUAAUUGCCUUUUUUUUUCUUUUUUUUUGGCUAACUGACAACUAUUCAAGGGUCCAACAUGGUCAGACAGAAGUCAAACUGUCGAUGCGCGGUCACAAGAUUGCAGGAUGUUUGUUUUUGUAAACACAGUUCAAAGUCCACAAGAUUUUGAACAGAGUUCCUGUGAAACCCUUCCUGCUGCAGAAUAGGUCAUGGUGUUUUGUCAUAUGUGUGGCUUACAGCAGUGAAGUAAACACAGAGGUCAUAGCAAAGAGGAACGACUAUUACGAUUUCAGAGGUGGAGGAAACGAUUGACUAGCUGCAAUGUCUCAAUUUUAGCUAUUGGAAGCCAAAAAAAGAACAAAAGGCCUCAGUGGGACAUUUGCUAUCUGCAAUGUACCAGAACCAAAGUUUAGUGUUGUGUGUACUUCCUCACAGCCUGGGACAAUUCCUCUUUAAAGCUAUCCAUUUUGCCCGCUGGCUAAAAAAACGGCUUCUGAAAGUUGAGUAGUUGAGGAUUGUCACAAGCAAACACGCCCAAUUCAGACUUCUCACACAAUAGUUUUGCACACAGAGAGGGGUGAAAAGUUCACCAGGGAGGUUGUGACGAGAUGGGAUGGACAACAUGAGACUGAGAACAAAAUGACUGCGACAAUGACGACCGAUUUCGGCACUUUGACUCAAUCAUGUAGGGCCCUUAACCAUUUUUCAUGGGAGUUUUUCAGAGUCUUGUCUUGAAAUGCACUCCAUGAUCUGGAUGUCUUUUCUAUUGUAUCUCUCUUUAUCUUGUUUAAAGUUCAGGGUUUUAAUAGAUUUUACAAUAGUGUUUUAUUUUCCUUUUUUUUUUUUUUUUUUGAGAUAUUUUACUGCUUCAAUGUUAGAUCAUGUCAGAUGUUUCCACUUUGUACUGAUGUACAAAAUGAAAUAUUACCCAGGUUUUCAAGAUUUUUCUGGAUAAUAAUGAAAUUAAGUUUCUAGAAAGCAUCAAAAGUUUGAUAGUCAAGAUCUUUAAAGCUUCUGCACUUUUCCUUUGCGAAAUGGUGCUACAUUGUGCUGAAAAUAAACUAAUUUUGCUCUCGA